AUGAUCUCCAUUCAGGGAUGGGGUGUUAUCGAGGUGACGGGGCACAGUGCCGUUGUGGGAAACAAGGUCUAUUUCCAACGCAAAUAUAGAUAUAUAAUUGUGGAGUACAACAUGGUUGAGCAAAAAUUGUCGGCGAUUGAUCUAAUUGAUGAAGAAGACGAGUACCUGAUAAAGCUUGGCCUCAUGGGGCUGGAGGAUGACUGGCCAGAACUUGAACUCAUGGGGGCAGAGGACGGGAUGCUGCUAUUUGCGACCGUGUUGGAGCCUAAACUCUACCUAUGGUCAAUGGAAGUUAGUCUCAAUGGAGCUGUGACAUGGGCUCAACGGAGAGCCAUCGAGCUCGAACCAUUGCUCCCUUCUGGUGCCCUAUUUGAUGUGUCGGUGGUUGGUUUUGCGGAAGGUGUUGGUGUCAUCUUCCUGAGUACAAAGGCUGGGUUGUACACAAUUGAGCUCAGUUCAGGCCGAUGCAAGAAGGAUUCGAUUCGGUACAACACCAUCACCGGUGCAGACGACAAGGGAUUCGUCGUGCCAGGAAUCUCGACGCUGCUUUCGUGCACCGGCGGCAGCAGCUACAGAAACAGCCACAGUGAGCCCCCCUCGUUGCAUCGAGUACUUGUUCUAAGCUUGUUGUGGCCAUUGUGUCAUGGCUAUGUCUGGGAGGAGGAAAUUCCAAUUAUUUGGCUGUGGUGUGCUGCUCUCUUUUGGCAAUCAUUUCAUAUUACUACAACUAUUCAAACAACAUGGAGGGUCGGUAAGGACGACAUGGAUGUUGCAAGUUUGCUUGUCCCAAUAUGUCUUGCUUACCAAUUUAGUAUGUAUAUAUAUCACUUCAUUCAAUUAAGAAAGGCAUUUUAGACGGCCUCAGGAUAAGUAGUAGUCUCGAGAAGAGCAACGCUAGAAUAAACAUGGUAGUCAAUAAUGGAAGCGGCAUGGAAGCCAUAGUAGGUUGAGUUGGAGGCGGUGCAUUGUCAACAAAAGGAGGCAUGGUAGUCGAGGGAGAUGGCGCAUUUGAAGAAUCCACAACAAGCGGACCACCAAUGUGGUAAAAAAGAGGAAGGGGGAGGGGAAUCACUAGAGAAGUCUCAAGGGAUGAGCGAGGUGAGGCAGCCUCAUGUAAAGAAUGAGGUGGGGAAUCAUGUAAAGAAUGAGGUGGGGAAGCUGCAGGUCAGGAUGUCAUGUAAAGAAGAACAUAGCAAAACAUAACCAAACAAACGAACCGCUUAAUAGUCAUGAGAAAUACCGAAGAAGACGUUUGAGAGAAAUUUCAGCGCGUAGAAGGCUGAAUCUUGAUGAGAUAGGUGGAAGUAGAAACAACCUCGACCCAAAAGUAACACGAAAGAGAGCCAAUGGUCAUCAAUGCAUGAGCCGCCUCAAGAAGGUGACGAUGCUUGCGUUGAUCAACACCGUUCUGAGCAAGAACCAAGACAAGAGAACUUAGCAAGUGUGCCCUUCUCAACAAGGAAUCCACAUAGCAAACGAGCGAUAUACUCACGAGUAGAAUCUGCAUGGAAGUCGUGGGUAGGAGUGGAAAACUAAGUAUGAACCAUGGCGGAAAACUUCUUACAGAUUGGUAAGAUCUCACUACAAGAGGACAUAAAAUACGUACAUGUGUGUCGAGAAAUCAUUUAUGAAGAUAAUAUAGUAGUGAUGGACCCCAAACAUCAAGUGAACAAGGUCGAAACGACGUUCAGACAUUGUCUCCCUAUGAGGAUAAAGUAAAUGAAGUUGUUUACCAAGCCAACAAACCUGGUAGUCUAAAGACACAAGGCUAAAGGAAGAUCUAAUCAAAACAAGAGUCACACGAGUGACCAAGCCACAAAGAGUUGGUAGUUGUGGUAACAGAGGCGAAGAGAUGGCAGUGGCACAGGACGGAUAAACUUGUCAAUCUUUUGGAGGCCUUAGGAGUCAAAAUGCCGAGGGCAAGCACCAAGUAGAGCACCCGUGUGACAAUCCUAAUCAGAACAAGAGUCAAAGUCGAGAAUGACUACAAUCAUAUUCGACAAUCUAACCACCUGAAAUGAGGUACAUGGUAAGUAUAGGAACUUGAGCAAAAGCAGAAACAUGAAAAGACAAAAGUGCUAAGACCACCUCGAUGAUUGAUUGGGAGGGAAGUACCAUCAACAAUAAUAACAUGAAUAGAAGAAUCUAGAAGUUUGAAUGGAGGACAAACUAGAAGAAUCAUGAAUCAUAUGAAAAGAUGCUCCACUACCAAGGAUUCGUGAAAAAUUACUAACAACAAAAUUGUUGUGAACCAAAAGAAGCAUCUAGCAGACAUCGAAGUCUUGUAAUCUCUAGUGUAGUCAGGGUUUCAACUAUAGGUAAGUGUCGUAGUCGUGCAAUCUCCUGCAUUGUGAAGGACACUGUUGAAUUGGUCGACGUUGAAUCACCGGAAGAGGAGUGGCCACCACCACUAGUGUAAGCCGCUAGAGGAGGAGGUGUAGCACGACCAAUACUUGUUGUAGAAGUUGGUGCUGGAGAUAAGGUUUUGAGCACCGAAGACCAAGCGCGAAGGGAAGACGCAUGUGCGACGUAGUCGGUGGAGCGAUGUGCACCAACACUACAGAUGAAAGCGACGAGGGCAGUCUGUGUAGAGCGACCAUCACCGCUAACAGAGGUCGUGGGUGGCGUCACUAUGAACCCACCACCACAUCCUGCAGAAGGCACUUUGGGGAUGAGCAUCUUAGGUGGAUGAGCAUCAAGCACCGAUAGAUGACACAUGUGCGAGAUGGGGUUAGUGUAGGGGGUAACCAAGAGAAACCAGGUUGAUGAUUACCCUUUUAUAACGGAGUUUAUGUGUUUUGGGGGAUUGGAAUCACAACCAUGCAUGAGGGUCCUUGGCUCUUUAGGCACCAUGUUGUGGUAAUUGAGGAAUAUAUUGGAAUAUGUCGCCCUUAACUCCAUACGUGUUUGAGCUUCGAUCAUGGGUUGACUGCACUUGUUGCGUAACAGAUCAGUGUUAAAGCAGUGACUUCCAAGACAGGAGAAGUGUUAGGUAUGGAGCUUGGGCUAAAUGACGUUGAAUAUGAAAGUUUGUUUGAGUGCACAUCAAGAUCAAACUGGAGAAGUUCCCUUUGAGGUUCUUAGGGAAUGGCGAUUUUAUGACGGUUCCAACCUCGUGGUAGCACUACCUGUGGAAGAGGUAGCUAGGCAAUAGAGGCCAAGGUGGUCGUGGAUGAAAAAUUGGGCAUGACCCGACCCUAUCUAUAAGGAGAACGAUGAUCUUGAACCUACGAAUGGAAAUACAGGUACAUGCAAUAUCAAUGUAAACAAUGUCACUUAAGGGGAUUGUGUUACGAAGCCAACCUUGCAAGAGGUUAUUGAUUGCAGGCAACCACGCGUUGGUCAAGGAACCUCUCUUGGCGCCAGGGGAAAGAAACUGACAUAUCCUACAGAAUGCCAUGAGGGGAAAACUGGGGCGAGCAACUUAGCUGAGGGCACCUCUUUUGCAAGUUCAAGCGAAGAAAAGGUAGAUGAUGGUGGGUGUGCCAUUCUGACAGCGUUUUCAUCGCUUCCUUAUACCUCCGUUGCGUUCUGCUUCUCGUUGAUCUAGCUUGUCCUCCUUGCCCUUUUUGCGGGUUGUGUGACACGUACUUGAUUCCGCAUUCCACGUUCCCUUGCUGGGCGUCCUUGGCCUUGGCGACAUGUAGCGACGUGCUCCUGGUCGCUCUGCGUCCUUGGGUAAGACGGUGGCGGUGCCGACUGCUCGUGCUCUUGCUCCACCGUUGGUGGUGCCUGAGCUAGUGGCUAUGGGACAACCUGUAUGGGAUCACGUGAUGUAGGAACAAGGCAGCGCACAAAACAACUCGUAGCCAGGAAAAGGAUGUCCGAUUGGACUAGCAGGCAGUGGAGGGUACAUGAGAGUUGCAUGGAAGGUGCGAAAAAACUGUCUUGAGUCGGCUGCCUCCAUCGUCGGCCUUGUUGGACCCAUAGGUGAGUGGCCAGGGGAAGCAAGGAAGACGGAAGAUAGGGAUUCUCCACCACCCUAUGUUUGUACAUUAUCCAUGACAGUGGACGCUUACGGGUGCACAGGAGUUGAGGGCCCCGUAUCUGGCGAGGUGGGGCGGCUGGUCGACUGGGAGGCGCCAGCUGUCCCGGCCAAAGGCGAUUUGGUCGCAACUUGGACCGUGGGGGGACCAGCUUCUGUAGGAUCAGGCUGUCGAGCCUUCUUUUGCCAGACCUGCCUUCCUCUUUUGGCUCGGCGACGAGGACGGCGGGCCCCAGCCUGGCCAGGCCACGGUGACAUCACUCUCGCGUUGGCGGCGGCACCCGAUGGGGGAGGUGGCGGCGCCGUACGAUUGCGGGAAUCGGCGGUGCGCCAGUCAGCCUCCAUGGCGACCUGCGGCUGACCAGGUCAGGGCGUCGAGGGUCGCGUCGCCGGCCCGGCCAGC